AUGUCACAUCCACAAGAAGUCCACCCUUUCGAGCAACACAAACCACAGGAAUAUGACAAUGAAGAAUAUAGAAAUAUUCUGAAUGAAUUGAACCAACAAAUAGCUAUACAUCAACCAGAAGAUGUAUUGCAAUUCUGUGCCACUUUUUUCUUGAAGAAACUAGAAGAAGAGCGCGCUGAAUCUCGCCAAUAUGAUCAACAUCCAUUAGCAAAUCCAACACAUCAUAGUCUGGGUCCAGAUUUCAAUCCUCAUGGCAUAGACCAAGAUAUGCAUGAUCACAAUAAUCAUGAAGAAGAAGAAGAAAGAGACACAAUAUCAAGUGAAAUGCCAUCACUCACUUGUCCUCCAAGCAGCCGAGGACGCCGUACUUCGGUCAGUGCUGAAUCAAUGCAGCCUUCUCAACACACACAAGAAUUCAAAAAGAUUGUCAUUCCCAAGAGUGACGAACAAAGAGAACGCAUUCGUGCUGCUAUUGGAAAUAACUUUUUGUUUAAGAAUUUGGAUGAAGAACAAUAUGCCGAUGUGGUGAAUGCCAUGGCUGAAAAGCGUAUCUCUGCUACAACACAAGUGAUUGAACAAGGUGCAGUUGGCGACUACUUUUAUAUUGUUGAGUCUGGUAACCUGGAUUGUUUUAUCAAUGGUAACAAAGUGACUUCAUAUGGUCCUGGUGGUAGUUUUGGCGAACUGGCUCUUAUGUACAAUGCACCUCGUGCUGCUUCGAUUGUUGCUGUCACUGAUUGUGUGCUUUAUGCUCUUGACCGUGUCACAUUCCGUUCGAUUUUGAUGGAGAACACAGCUCGUAAGAGACGCAUGUAUGAGCGGUUCUUAGAAGAAGUGCCUAUCUUCAAGUCACUCGAGACUUAUGAGCGUCAUAAGAUCGCUGAUGCUUUAGAAUCAGUUCAAUUUGAUGAUCAAGAAGUGGUUAUGCGUGAAGGUGAUGCUGGUGAUAGUUUCUAUUUGAUUGAGAGUGGCGAAGCUAGUUUUUACAAGGCUUUACCUGACGGUACACAAAGACAAGUCAUGGUGGGUAAAAAAGGCGACUAUUUUGGAGAACUUGCUCUUAUCAAUGAUGAGCCUCGUGCAGCCACAGUGAUUGCCAAUGGUAAACUUAGAUGCGCUACUCUUAGUAAAAAAGCAUUUAUUCGACUACUGGGUCCUGUUAUGGAUAUCUUGAAGCGCAACUCUGAAAAUUAUCAUGCUGUACUUCAAAACGAAACUCAAAAAAUCCUGUAA